AGUUGCUUCCCGGGCGUGCUCUGUGGGCGGCCGGUGGGCGCGGGAGGCUGAGCGAGGGCAACGCUCCAAGGAUCCAAGUAUCGGGGUGCCGGUGGCUGCCCCGGGCGAUGAGGGGCCAUCGCUGACAGGAGAACGAGCGCUCGGCGGCGGCUCGGGCGGACAGCGCCGGCGGCAGCCGCUGAAGACCUGUCCGGACUCCGCACGCCCCUCACGCUCGCGCUCGCCCCAGCGGUCCACACUUCGGGCUCGCCUCCGCCCGCCCUCGUGCUGGGCGUCAGUAACUUGUGCGGCCCGCGCGCCCCCGCCCUCCCCUCCGCCAGCCCAGGGAUGCGGCCGCGCGGCGCGGGGAUGCGGCAGUGAGGCGCUGUCCAGUGAGCAGCUCGCGGAGCGCGCGCAGGGGCGUAGGCCCGCCGUGCCCGUCCUCCGCCGAUUGCCCGGGCCAGCCACCGCGGGAGGCGCCGAGCGCCCGAGUCGCCGAGAUGUCGUCGCCGUCGCCGCCCGCACCAGUUGCCUGCGCCUCCACCUCGGCCUCGGAGAAAGUGGACGGCUUCACCCGGAAAUCGGUGUGCAAGCCGCAGAGGCAGAAGCGCUCCCAGGGCUCGUCGCAGUUCCGGAGCCAGGGCAGCCAGGCGGACCUGCACCCCCUGCCCCAGCUCAAAGAUGCCACUUCAAAUGAACAGCAAGAGCGCUCCUGCCAGAAGCUACAACAGUGCUGUGUACUGUUUGAUUUCAUGGACUCUGUUUCAGACUUGAAGAUCAAAGAAAUUAAAAGAGCAACACUGAAUGAACUGAUUGAGUAUGUUUCAACUAAUCGUGGUGUAAUUGUUGAAUCAGCGUAUUCUGAUAUAGUAAAAAUGAUCAGUGCUAACAUCUUCCGGACACUUCCUCCAAGUGAUAAUCCAGAUUUUGACCCGGAAGAGGAUGAGUCCACACUUGAGGCCUUUUGACCUCACAUACAGUUUGGUGUAUGAAUUCUUCUUAAGAUUCUUGGAGAGUGGGCUGGUGAGAUGGCUAGCGGGUAAGAACACUGACUGCUAUUCCAAAGAUCCUGAGUUCAAAUCACCAUGUGGUUACAUGGUGGCUCAAAACCAUCCGUAAAGAGAUCUGACUCCCUCUUCUGGAGUGUCUGAAGACAGCUACAGUGUACUUACAUUAAAUAAAUAAAUAAAUAUAUAUAUCUUUUAAAAAAAAAGAUUCUUGGAGAGUGCUGAUUUCCAGCCCAGCAUUGCAAAGCGAUACAUUGAUCAGAAGUUGUCCAACAGCUCCUGGAGCUUUUUGAUAGUGAAGAUCCACAGGAGUGCGACUUCCUGAAGACCGUCCUGCAUUGGAUUUAUGGCAAGUUCCUUGGCCUGAGAGCGUUCAUCAGAAAACAGUUUAACAACAUUUUCCUCAGGUUUAUAUAUGAAACGGAACAUUUCAAUGGUGUGGCUGAGCUCCUUGAAAUAUUGGGAAGUAUCAUCAAUGGCUUUGCAUUGCCAGUGAAAGCAGAGCAUAAGCAGUUUCUAAUGAAGGUUCUUAUUCCUACGCAUACUGCAAAAGGAUUGGCCUUGUUUCAUGCACAGCUGGCGUACUGUGUUGUACAGUUCCUGGAGAAAGACACAACGCUGACAGAGCUUUUUGAUCAGAGGACUGCUGAAAUUUCAGCCAAAAACAUGCAGUCAGAAAGAGGUGAUGUUUUAGGAGAAAUUGAAGAUAUCUUAGAUGUCAGUGAACCAACACAAUUCAAAAAAAUUGAAGAGCCGCUUUUUAAGCAGAUAUCCAAGUGUGUCUCCAGCUCAUUUCUAGGUUGCAGAAAGUGUACUGUACUUCUGGAAUAAUGAAUAUAUUCUUAGUUUGAUUGAAGAGAAUAUUGAUAAAAUCCUGCCAAUCAUGUUUGCCAGCUUGUAUAAAAUUUCCAAAGAACACUGGAAUCAGCCUAUUGUAGCACUGGUGUACAAUGUGCUGAAAACCCUCAUGGAGAUGAACGGCAAGCUUUUUGACAACCUUACUAGUUCCUACAAAGCCGAAAGACAGAGAGAGAAGAAGAAAGAACUGGAACGGGAAGAGUUAUGGAAAAAACUAGAAGAGCUGCAGCUGAAGAAGACUCUAGAGAAACAGAACAAUGCUUAAAACAUGAACAGUAUUCAGAGCAGUACCAGUGCCAAAUAAAGAUCAGCUCCCCCUGCUGGGCGGUAGUUUUGUACACUUUUUUUUUUUUUGAAUAUAUAAAAACUUAAGAGCAUACCUCAUCAGUAUAAUAUAAUUAGGAGGCCAGUUUUUCCUGGCAAGCGUAAAA